AUUUUGCUCAGGCUUCUCUGGGGGCAGCUAAGCAGGACCCACGGCUCAUGUGUUGGAUGGAUUCAUUCCAGUUGCUCUCACUGGCUGCCAUAGCAGAUUAGCCUCUGUGCAACAGGGACCCUCCUCUGUGCAUGAAAACACUCUGCAAACAUGGCUGGUAAAAUUCAGAGUCUGUCUGAGGAGGAGAGGACCCACCUACUCCCCCUGCUACGCAACGCUCAGUGGGUGGAGGUUGGGGAACGGGACGCCAUUUACAAAGAGUUUAUUUUUAAAGACUUCAAUCAGGCUUUUGGUUUCAUGGCCAGAGUGGCUUUACAAGCAGAGAAGAUGGACCAUCAUCCGGAGUGGUUCAAUGUCUAUAACAAGGUCCAGAUCACUCUCAGCACACAUGACUGCGGGGGGCUGUCCCAGCGUGACAUUACUUUGGCCACCUUCAUUGACCAGGCAUCCCUUAUGUGACUACCAAACAUUGUCAGUCAUUUCAACAGUGAAAACUGAAAAGUGCUGGAGCUCUUCAUUUAUUCAUUCCACUGAGAUAACUUUGAGCACGUGGCCUGCAAAUCCAAAGAAUACAAACCAGUUAAUUUCAAUGUAUUAUGAAUAACUUUGAUGUAGGUGUUUUUAAAAAUAUGCUGCUGUUGUUGGUUUUGCACUUAAAAUAAAAAUAAUUGAGAUUAGCCAAAGGUAAAUGGUAAAAUCAACACAUUAAAAUAACUUCUCAGCAACCAUCCCAGCUGUUAUUACAGAUAACAUUCACAAUGGUAUUCAAUGGUGUCUUUCUGCCUCAACUAGUGUCCUAUGUGCCAAAUGUUUUUGUACUUCACUGUUAAAUAAUAUUUACCCGGUCAAACCAGAAGAGGAUCAUCUCAUUGUGAACAUAAAAAUAUUGAAAACACAACACUGUAGACCAUCUGCUUUGGUGUACCUGUGUGAACUGCUCUGAGUGGGUUAACAGUGUUUGCUAUGUGCUAGGAGAAACUAGCAGGUGCUUCCUAACCUAAAAUAAAUCUGCUAAAUCAGGAUGCACUCUGACAUGUACAGAGAUUUAACAAUUGUUCAACCUUGGACAUUCAGACCCUCACAUGAUGACAAAGUGUACAGGGGUGGCCAAAAGUCAGAACGUCCUUACAAUAUAAUGCAAUCUAGUGCUCUUAAAACACCAAACUGUGUUCUCGACAAAAUGAUAUAAGGUUGUAUUUUUUGCACUAUAUUUUACUGACAAUUUUGGAGAAAAAAAUCUGCUGUGUCAUCAUGAGUUUAAACCUCUAAAGGUACAGAGGUGAACGCUGAUUGGUACUACACAAUACCCCCCCCCAAACUGGAACGAUACAAACCAGGACACAACUUAGAUUUUCUCUAUAGAUCUCUAAAUAAUUUGUUGCAGUGUGUAGGCACUUUUGCAUUAAAAUGUUUUAU